AUGCCUCCGCCACGGAGAAACCGGCUGCAGUCCGCCGCCCAGCGCAAUCACGGGUCCUCGUCCACCGCGCGCAACCACAAGGACGACAUCCUCACUGAUCUCCCGGAAUACGAACCGCUCUCUUGCCCACUCAGCACCGAAGCUACGCGCGCACUCGCCGAACUGUCCUCGGCUAAGGACACGCGUAAGUACGAAGAACAUCUGAAUAACAGCCUCAAGCUCCUGAGUGCCAGCGUGCGGGAUCUUAACGACAAGUACGUGGCGCGGAAGGAUAACCUCAGGAGCCUGCAGGAGAAGCGCGGCGAGAACGGCGAGAAGAGCGACCGCGAGAGGGCUGAGGAGAAGGCCCUGCUGGCCCUCAAGGAUGACGUGCCGCAGCUGACGGACGAGUGUGACCUUGCUGUCCGGAGCGUUAUCGACCUCAAGGUCGAAGUGGAGGAUAAUCGAGGAGCGAUGCAGAGGAUGGUGGAGAAGAUCGAGAGUGAAAAUAUCGCGCUAGGGCAGAGGGCGAGAGACGACGAUGAAGACGCCGACAUGGCAGACGUCGAUAUCACGGUACCCCUAUCCGUACUCAAGCACGAGACCGAGCAAGCAGCGGCGGAUUAUGCGGUCAAGAGUCUGUACGAAAAGUACGGCGUCAACAACGAUUACAUCGGCUUCAAGCGCCUGUGGCACGACGCCGUACACGGCAGUGACGGCAAACCGCUGCCCGACGCGUCUAGGUGGUUUACGGAAAAUGAGGGCGGCGGCGGCCAAGACGACGAUGAAGACUUGAUCGUCGCAGAGGAGCACUUCGAUAUCCACUGCCCCUUAUCUAUGGCGGUCAUGGAAGACCCGUACACGAGUGUGAAUUGCAAACACACCUUUGAGAAAACUUCCAUCGUUCAAUUCCUCAGGGGGGUGCGCGGAGGCAAAGCGCAGUGCCCCCAGACAGGUUGCAACAAGGAAGUAUCGCUUGACGACUUUCUCCCCGACCCGGUUGUGCUCCGAAGGAUCAAACGGCAGUUGGAGACGCAACGGGCGAGUAAUUCAGACGAUGACGACGAGGUAGAUGGAGAGGAUGGCUUCGACGUCAAUGAUGAUUCGAGUAUGGCUAUCACGUCGGCCCGUGCAACGAACGCGGGCCGUAGGAACAGAGAUAGAGGACCUCAAUCGACACAGGAUAUCGACGAUACUGACACAGAAGAUUAA